CGCGCGGAGGAGGAGGAGGAGGAGGACGGCCAUCGAGACGGACACACGCUCUGCACAUGCUACAUGCACUCACGUAACACACGGACACGGACACGCGCGGUCCAGGAAUAGAUCCGGAACAUGAACAGAGCGGCGGUUACGCAAGACGGCGCGGAGCCGCAGGCGGCGGCGGCGGCGGGGAGGCUCCGGUUCCAGCGGCCGCACGCGUCGGUGCCUCAGUUCACCAACUCCCCGACCAUGAUCGUGAUGGUGGGGCUGCCGGCUCGAGGGAAGACCUACAUCUCCAAGAAGCUCACCAGAUACCUGAACUGGAUCGGAGUCACCACCAAAGUGUUCAACGUGGGACAGUACCGACGAGAUGCCACCCGCUCCUACAACAGCUUCGAGUUCUUCAGACCCGACAACGAGGAGGCCAUGAAGAUCCGCAAGGCCUGCGCUGUCGCCGCCCUCAAGGACGUGUGCGACUACUUCACCAGAGAGAUGGGCCAAGUGGUGGUUUUCGACGCCACCAAUACGACUGCGGAGCGCAGAGACGUCAUCCUGAGCUUCGCCAAAGAAAACGGCUACAAGGUUUUCUUCGUGGAGUCGAUAUGCGACGACCCAGAAAUCAUCGCUGAGAACAUUAAACAGGUGAAGCUGAGCAGUCCGGACUACGUCGACUGCGACAAGGAGGAAGCUGUGGCCGACUUCCUGAAGAGGAUCGAUUGCUACAAGCUCACCUACGUUCCGCUGGACGACAACAAGGACAGGAGUCUGUCUUACAUCAAAAUCUUCAACGUGGGCAGCCGCUACCUGGUGAACCGGGUCCAGGACCACAUCCAGAGCCGCAUCGUGUACUACCUCAUGAACAUCCACGUCACGCCCAGGUCCAUCUACCUGUGUCGCCACGGCGAGAGCGAGCUCAACCUGGUGGGCCGCAUCGGCGGCGACUCGGGGCUGUCGGGUCGCGGCGGGAAGUUCGCCAGCGCUCUGGGCACCUACCUGCGGGGUCAGAGCAUCAGCGACCUGAAGGUGUGGACGAGUCACAUGAAGAGGACCAUCCAGACGGCGGAGGCUCUGGGGGUCCAGUACGAGCAGUGGAAGGCCCUCAACGAGAUCGACGCUGGCGUUUGUGAGGAGAUGACGUACGAGGAGAUCCAGGAGAAUUAUCCGGAGGAGUUCGCACUGAGGGACCAGGACAAGUACCGGUACCGCUACCCCAAAGGAGAGUCUUAUGAGGACCUGGUGCAGCGCCUGGAGCCCGUCAUCAUGGAGCUGGAGCGCCAGGAGAACGUCCUGGUCAUCUGCCACCAGGCCGUCAUGAGGUGUCUGCUGGCCUACUUCCUGGACAAGAGUGCAAACGAGCUGCCCUACCUGAAGUGUCCUCUGCACACCGUCCUCAAACUCACCCCGGUCGCCUACGGUUGUAAAGUGGAGUCCGUCUUCCUGAACAUCGAGGCCGUCAACACGCACAGAGACAAGCCGGUCAACGUGGACGUGGACCGAGACCCGGCCGAGGCUUUGGAGACGGUUCCAGACCACAUCUAGUGGACCCCCAGUCGGAUGGAAGUGGCCUUUUGUGUUUUUUAAUUUAAGUAAUCGUAGAGAUCGUUGUUGUUGUCGUCGUGGUCGCUGGUGUGGAGCAGGAGGCUUCCUACGGCAGCCCACUUCCAUUAUAAACGCACUUUAUAACGCUGGGCCGAGGCCUGUUUUACUGUGAAAAGCUACCGGGUCACAUGACCUGCCACUGGUCUGGGUCUUCCUCCAGUUACGGACAUCUCCUCUAACCCCACUAACACCUUAACCAGCUGGAAGUCAUUCGGAGCAGCCAGAUUUGAACUGGCCGUGUGGAUUUACUGUCUCCACGUCCACAUGAUGCUGGUGAGCUGGUUACCUGGUAACCAAAGCUCCUUUCAGCCCCUUUGAAAGGACGUCCUGCUCACUGUUUCAGAUCGAGCUGAGGAACGUCUGACUUCCAGCACAGCGCAGGUCUGAACUGCAUCGAUGUUAACGGGCUCAAGUUGUGGGAAGUGACUUCUGGAAGGAUUCUGUCCACAUGAUGGCACCAACAGCUGAUCCAAAAACACCACCGAGAGCUCUGCAAUCCAAAACCUGUUCAACUGAAACGUUCAUCGUAGUCCAGACCUGGAGGUUCAUGAGAUUUGCCACUGAUGGAUGUAGUCGUCCACACUGUGUCUGCUGCAGUCUGCUAAAAAUAUGUGGAGCAGCAGCUGGUUGCGUUCUGCCGGGAUGCUUUUCUGCAGCGCCGUCCUUUGCACGGCAGAAAAAUAUGUCACGGCCUCUCGCAAGAGUAUAAAUACGACAACUUCCUGCGACAGAUUCAUGAGCUGGAGGGUCAAAGCUCAAGGCAGCAUCGUGACAAAGAGACGACGUUCGCACUUCAGGCAGCAGCGUGACUUUGUCAGGACAGCUGCUGCUAAGCUAAGCUAAACUAAUGCUGACCAGAAGGACGACGUCGAUCUUUUCAUCUCAGCCUGCAGCUGAAGCCCUUUACAGACAUGACCGGGUUCAUCCGUCUGCUGAAGUUCUGAAACAAACCCCCACAGAGACCGAGCCACAUCCAUGUGAGAUCAGACGAUAAACAGAUUCUCACAAGACAUGAAAAUGUUGAAUCGUUUCCAAACUGUUCCUUGAACACUGUAGAUUCCUUUUUUCAACACUUAGACGCCUGCAGAGAUUCUCAGCCAGCAGGUGAAGCUGAGCUUCCACACACGGCUUUAUUUUUCCAGUUUGUGCAUAAAAACCUGGGCUGAGCGCCGGAUGGCAGCAUUUUAGCUCGAGUGGAAAAGUUGAUGCACUGAGAUGAAGCUCAUCAAACAUCAGACCUGGUGAUGAGGAACCUCCAAACAGAAACGUCAUCUAAACAUGUUUAGUUCAUAUUCACAUGUUUUAAUUUGCUUUUUUUUCUUUUGCUAAGUUUCAGGGAAUCAAGUUAAAAUUUUCACCUUCCCCCUCGGAAAUUUUCCAUUUCAGUGCUUUUCAACAUUGAAUCACGGUCAUUUUAUUUUGGCU